AAGUAGGCCAGUUAUCACAUUCACUGUUUCCAUUUUAGUUUUAUUUACUUAGUUAAAACACUAUCAGAACUUGUCUAUUUUUACAGUUAAGCAGUACAAACAUCCUGUUUGUCUAAUUUUAUGAUAUACAUGUUACCAAAAAUUGAUGAGAAGUAUUUAAAUGGGUCAGAAGGGUAGGUUGUAUUGGGACCUUUUUCUACCUCCUUUUAUGUGUAGUGGGUAUAAGUGUAUAAAUUUCGUAAUUUCGUGAUAUACAUAAUAUGCAACAGUGUUUUGCGAUUACGGACUACAAAAUUAUACAAGAAAUUCUAGCCAUCUUCUCUCAACAGAUUCAAACAAAAUUUUUGUCAUUUUGACAGCGCAAUUGGUGCUCAUUUACUAACAAUUUUUAUUUCAAAUAAAAUGGAAUAAUAUCAAAAGAUAUUUACUAUUAAUAGUCCCAAUGAAUAGCGAAGAGACAUACUGCAAAAUUUUAGUGAAGCUUCGGCUAAAUGUAAGAGCUGAGGGCACUGGCAGAAUAAAAGGUUCGAUGAACAUUAAAAAUAUUUUCGUUGACGUUAACCCACUGAAUUGAUGUGUCAGUGGCAAUAAGUUAUGAUUGAUUUCCUGUCAUACAGUAUUGACGAAUUGUCCUCAUGGAGAGCCAUAUUGGCAGCUUUCAUCGCCUGGUCCUUGUUUUACUUUUCCUUAAGAAAUGUAUUGCAAGAGAAAUCCCCGGAAUACAUAAGUAGAAUUGUAGCAGGAACUCAUGGACUCGUGAUGGCUUAUUUUGGUUGUAAUGAAUGCUUUGGAGACUGGAAAUUCUCCAGAUCAGAACAGGUGACCACUUCAUUACAGACUCUAAUUCUACUUGCUAGUUUGGGGUACUUCAUUGAAGACACCGUUUGGUGUUUUUAUUACCAGACGGAAUCGCCUCUCAUGCUGGCUCAUCACUGCUUCAGUUGUUUCGCAAUUUAUCGACUAUUGAUCAUGAGGAAGUCUGGCGGUCAAUCAACCUGUGCACUUGGUGUAUUGGAAUUGUCAAAUCCUUGCCUUCAGACCAGAUGGUUUGUACGGUACCAUGGUUAUCAGAAGACUACCACGUUUUACGUCAUUGAAUUUAUAUUCAUUGUUUCGUUUUUAAUACUGAGGGUAUUCUUGGGAACUCAUUAUUUAGUAUAUAUUAUUGCACAGCCUAAUACAUUUGAAUUUCGUGCACUAGCCACGACUAUCUAUAUUAUCUCCUGGAUGUUCGUUAUCAAUAUUGUGAAAUAUGUACAAUACAAGUAUUUGACUGUUCAGCCUCAGCCAAACAAUGGGAUUCAAACUACGUUUACGUAAUUAGGAAUUAAUAAAUAAAUUCCUUAAAA